AGGAUCUUAUUGCUGUUUUUUUUUUUCGCUACUGCUGCUUCACGCUUUGAGGACAGGCACAGUCUCUGUUAGUUGUCGGCUCCUAUACUUUUUUCUCGACAUGGAGGUAGAAGGGGUUGAGGAGGGGGGACCCCCCCCCCCCGAGGUUCAAGUUAAUUUUUGGGAAAUGGAGGAGCAUACAAGGCAAUCGAUCGGACAGUGCUACGACGAUGGUGUGUUUCAGUUAGCGGCAAAUUUGGGGGCGGUGGUGAUUGACGCUAGGGGGAAAAGAUUCAAAGUCAACGCUUCUUUGGAUGAAAUAAAAGAGAAAUGGUUAAAAGAGCGAACAGUUAUUUUUAUUUUUCAAGAUGAAGCCAGGGAGCUGUCGAGAGGAGUGAAGGAAGACCUAAUCAGGGCCUAUGAAGAUGGAUGGGCAGCUAGAAGAUUAUUUAAUCCAGAGCUGCGAAGGGGAAGAGUAAAAUUUGAAGGCCCUAAUGUAGUCUCAUACGUGGCAAAAGCGACCGAAGUGGCCACUUGGCUUGCGCAGAAGGGUACGAUCUCUCUGAACCUAAAAGGCAAGGACUACACAGUGACCCUUAAGCCCUGGAUGACGAAGCAGGAGCUGAAGGAGCUGAAGCUAAGGGAGGCAGAGAACAACUUUUGGAUAGUGGCAUUGAGGGUUCCUCUGGAGGCGAUGUAUUAUGUAGCUUCAGCAGCGGAGGGUUUGGUUGGUGGGGUCAAAUAUAUGCAUCCCCCAGAGGCGGAUAGAACCAAGCCAAAGUUAGUGAAUGUAAAGCUGGAUAUGGAACCACAAGUGAGGUUCAGGGUGGAAGAUCACUUGAUGAUCGAAUCCCCGAGUGGGGAGAUUUGGAAAGUGGAGAUCGCCACCCCGUUCUCAGAUUGGUGCAGGAAAUGUUGGUGGUAUUUCCACACGGAAGAGAACUGUCCAAGGCAGAGCUCUGAUGGUAGCCCAAGGAGAGUUUGGGCAAAUUCUAGGUUGCCGUCCCAGCAGGCUCCAGUGCAACACCAUCAAGGGAUUCAGGUCGAGGAUCAACAUGUGGCAGGUCAAGUUCCGGUGGCUCCUCUUCAGCAGCAGCAACAGCUUCGUCCCCAGCAGCAGCAGCUGAGCCAGCAACAGCAACUACCGAGCCAGCAACAGCAACAGCCGAGCCAGCAACAGCAACAGCCGAGCCAGCUAAGUCACGCCCAGCUCAAUCAUCCUUUCGACGCUUCGGCACCAUCGGUCAGCUCUCCAACAGGUAUCUUGGAAUAUGCCAAAAUGUAUUAUUCUGAUAUUUUGACGUCAAGAAGGCCAAGGGAGGAGGUGGAUGCUGAUCUUUCUAGCGAGCUUGACAUGUGGGAAGACACAGACAGAUCCUUGUCAGCAACCGAUUGCUUAAGCCUAGACCGACCAUUCACAUUGGAGGAACUACAGCAUACGUUGGCGGUAAUGGCUGCUGGGAAGUGCCCGGGAAGGGAUGGCCUGACGGUGGAGUUUUAUCGAAACUGUUGGGAUGCGGUGGGUCCUCCCCUGGUGGAGGUUUAUAACAAGGUGUUGAUCGAAGAGAACUUGGGGGAACUGAUGACUUUCGGGGUGAUCUCGGUGCUGUUCAAGAAAGGGGACAAAGCUUCUAUUCGGAACUAUCGGCCCAUCUCAGUGCUGAAUGUGAGCUACAAGUUGCUGGCAAAGGCUCUAGCGCUGCGUUUGGGUAAGAUUUUGCCGAAGUUGGUGGAACGCGAUCAGGGAGCUUUUGUUCAAGGGAGGUCGAUCUUUAUCAACAUCUUGACAACUAUUGAGAGUAUUGAGGUCUUAAGGGAGGAAAAUCUGAAUAUGGCCGUUCUCCUGUUAGACAUGGAGAAGGCGUAUAACAGAGUCGGCUGGCCGUUCGUGUUGACUACUUUGAGGAAGAUGGGAUUUGGCCCGUGCUUCUGCAAAUGGGUGGUGGCAAUGUACACUACAGCCAAAUCUGCUGUUCAGGUCAACGGCCAUUUAUCGGAAGCCUUCCACCUCUCUCGCUCCCUCAGGCAAGGCUGUCCGCUAGCCCCCCUCUCAUUCGUUCUGCAGCUUGAAGUCCAAUUGAAUCGGUUUCGGAAACACCCACGUAUCCGGGGCCUACGGAUCUCCCCUAGUAGGGAAUGCAGAGUUAAAGCUCUGGCGGAUGAUCUCUUCGUGAUAUCUGAUAACUCGCUGGAAUCUAUGCUGGCCGUGAAGGAGGUACUAGCUGAAUACUCACAACUUUCUGAGGCUUUGGUGAACUGGAAUAAGUCUGUUUACCUCCUUCCGCAGGCCUUCGCGCUGUGUGUGGAAUGGGGUAUGGUUAGGGUGGACCCGGAGAAAGGGGAACGGUUCCUAGGAGUGUUGGUUAGCACUCAGUCAAUGGGAAUGGCCCAGGGGGCGGUGCUGCAGCAAAAGGUGGUGUCUAAGAUUCAGUCUUGGGGAUUUGCCGGACAUCUGUCCUUAUUUGGCAGAGCUAUGGUUGUGAACAUAGCACUGUUCUCCCUAGUUGGUUUUGUGGGAGCAGUAAGAGAGAUCACCGGAAGCACACUUUCGCAAGUAAGAAGAUUGGCGGCGAGGUUCGUGUGGAAACCAAGAGCGAAGGGGCAGGAAGGUUUUGUGAGUAAACUGGCAUGGGACCUGGCUACCUUUCCAAGAGAACAGGGUGGUUUGGGGUUGAUUGAUCCUCAAAGGAGGAACCAGGCCCAGCUUCGGAAAUGGUUAGCCAAUGUGGCGAUGGCGGAAGAAAAAGAAGACUGGGUUUUUCUUGCGGAACGCCGCCUCCAACGAGAAUGGCAGUUGAGCAGAGGAGACGAUGAAGUUCUAGUGCAGACUUUAUUUGAGAACCCUUUUAUUUUGAACAACGAUGGCGUACAGUUCUCAGCUGGUCCGGAAGCAGGGGCCUUUGGGCGAUCGUGGAUAAGGAGAGGUGUUCUGAGGAUUUCGGAUCUGUGGUCCGACCUGUUGGGUGGGUGGAAACCUCUCGAGGAGUUUCGGCUACCACUUUAUGGGCUGAGGAGAGUGGAGGAAAAUUGGAGGACGCUCCUUCAGGUUAUCCUAUCAGAUUGGCAAGCCCUACUAGGCCCAGAGGGUUUAGACCCUCCAGGGACCUGGUAUGCUCCGGUGAACGAACAGCCUCAGGAUGUAGUGUGGAAGCUGCAGGGCCUGUCGGAGAGCGGCUUUAGGAAGGUACAGGAGUGGAAGAGAGUUGGCCCCACAGGUAAGCUUCAGCUGCUGGGAGAGAAGGAGAUCUCAGUAUGGCAAAACCCUCCCCAGAUCCGGGUAGUUGAAUAUCGUGAUGGAAGGAAUCUUCUGGAUUCGGUGGUCUGGGUGGGUAAUGCUCCUCUGUGCUCAUUGCCAAUUGAUCCCAGGGCAUGGGGCUGGAGUCAAGGCAGGCCUUCUACAACUUCUCCGGCCUGCUAUGACCUGGUCUCCUUUUCGACCCAGGAAUCGUAUAAGAUGACGAGAAAUCAAUCGAGAACCCCAGCAGCGGUGGCAGCAGCUAGGUGGAGUGCGGUAUUGCAGUUAGAUCUCCAGGACUGCACAGAAGACUUUGAGGAGCUGUGGAGGGUGCUUUUCCGGAUCGGAAACAGUUAUCUGCUCAGUUAUCUGGGCAGAUAGGAAUCGGGCCCGGUUCGAUGGUCGGCCGAUGGCAGACCCCGAGAUUAAGCUGGCAAUCAAAAGAGGCCUGCGUA